UUGGAUUUUAAGGAGAAUUCUGGCUGAUGCACAACAACAAGAAAACAACAUUAUGAAGUCCUGGUGUUUCUUCGCUUUCCUCUGGUUGGCAUAUUUCUGCCAUGGCACUCUGUCCUGUCCACCACUCUGCAAAUGCUACCCCAGGAGAGGCGAGGUUGUCUGUAAUGAGGUUCCCCUGACAGAGUACCCCUCUGAGGGUCUUCCAAAGGACACCACCCUGCUGACCAUCCAGUUCACAAACAUCUCCUCACUCUCAGAGCAGCAUCUGAAUGCAACACCUCUGCUGGAAGGGCUCCACCUGUACAGCAAUCACGUGCAGAACCUGUCCUCUCAUCUACUCCGAGGUGUCCCUCUUCUCAAUACUUUGGAUCUCACCGGGAACAAACUUUCUGAACUGCCUGAAGAUGUCUUCAUCCACGCCUCACUAGUCAACUUGGUACUGAAGAAUAACCUGAUUGAAAAAGCUGAUACUAACUGGCUUCCUGAUAACAGCAGCCUCAUCUGGUUGGACUUAUCAGGAAACCGCCUAACAGAGGUGCCAACCACUCUUCUUCAGAAACUGCCCAACCUGGACAAUCUGGACCUUUCCAACAACCGUCUGAAGAAGAUUUCUGCAAAUUCUUUGGACUCUCUAACCAAACUUGAGAGGCUAAACCUGCAAAACAACAAGCUAGAAACCCUUCAUCAACUCACACUUCAGGGCACCCGAAACCUCACGUAUCUGUUCCUUAGCCGGAAUAAGCUUAACAAACUCCCCAAGGACCUUUUUCAGGAGCUCACUAGGCUCAAGCUCCUGAGUCUGGAUGACAACCAGCUGAGCCACAUCCCUGCAGGUCUGCUGGACCCUUUGAGAUCUCUGGACGAGGAGGGGCUGGACCUGUCUGACAACCCCUGGCUGUGUGAUGGGAAGGUGGAGUACCUGUGGAGGUGGCUGAAGAAGAACAAGGCAAAGGUCUUCCUGCCAAAUUCCAUCAUAUGUGCCAAGCCGGAGACUCUGGUGGGCCGCACAGUGAUGUCACUGACAGAAAAUGAAUUGAACCUUCGUUCUUAACAAUUUUCAUAGAACUGUCUUUUUUAUCA